CCUGUUUUAAGAAUUGAUGUGAAUGAAGUGAUAAAAUGCACAGCAGUGGCUUGGAUGUUAUGGGAACUGUAAAGUUCCCGAUUGGCGAGCUUUCACUAUAGAUCCCAUCCUAUCCAGGAUCUGUGGGUGUCUCCAAUGACGGCACCAGGCGAGAGAAGCUCUGCAACCCCACCAAAUAAAAUGGCCGUUGGUUAAGCAACACCAUCCUGUCAACCCCGCCAACACACCCCUCUUUCGACCAAACUUCUCUCGUACAACCUACCGCCUCUGUUCCACUUUGAUUUUCCCUUUCACUUCUUGCUCAAGAACGAGACCUACGUGUAGUACGAAAGGAAGCACCCCAGAAUCACAGGCAAGAUGUCGCGCCACAAGUUGGUUAAGAAUAUGGAUCUGGACGAUGAGAUGGAUGAUUAUGAUGGUGGGGAGGAAUACGCCGAUGAUGGAGCGGAGGGUAUGUUUGCUCUUGUACUUCAUGAGAGAGAAGAAGGCGGUUCAUGGGAGUUAUACUGACUCUUUGUGUUAUUGCAGAGCUCAGUGAGGAAGAUCAAGGUCCGUACUGAAUAUACCCCUCCUCAACCCCGCCACACGAGCUCGAAAUUCCAGACGAGAGCAAGAACUUGCAUAUAUGUGGAGGAGGAAUGAAAUAUAGAAGAACAUAAAGCUGAUACCCAUCCUCAGAAAGCAUGCGCGUCGGCACAAUAGCAGUGCGCGCCGAGCUCCCUGCCACCGCGUCACAUAUCACAGAUAAACAGAUACAGGAAGCGCUGUGGCACUAUUACUACGAUAUCGAGAAGUCGGUUGGAUACUUGGUGAGCACGUAUGUUGCGAAGAAGGAAAAGAAGGAGAAGAAAGUUAAAGGUGGGUUUAUUUCUUAUAUUGGUGGAGAGACACACAGUAAGGCGGGGAUUUACAGGGGGGGUGGUGGCCUCGGGCUUGUGAAUAGGGAUUAGGAGGGUAUGGUGGAUUGUGGAGAUUGCUCGACGCCUUUUUCAAAUGCGGAUUUCUUCAAGGAUAUGCCGUGGUUGAAUGCUCCUCAGGAUCGACAAGCUGUCUUCAUUCCUCCUCUAUAUCCCAGAGGUGGACUACCUGGAGGUUCCUCAGAUGGAGCGCCUAAGAUGUCGAAAUUGCAGGCUUUGGCAGCGGCGAGGAAAAAGAAAGCCCAGGAGCAGAAGUCAAGUGAAAGCUCGGGAGUUGAGAAACCUUUGGCGGAUCUCACGUUGAAUUUGAGCUCUGGGAAAGAGAAGGCUCCGACAUCUCCAACCAAGUCUACAGCAAGAGGAUUUCCCAUUCGGAAACGAAAAGACUCGAAUCCGCAUGAGAAAGCGGUAAAGCCAACAGUUGUAGAGCGAGAGCCAGAGCCAAUGCCAGAUGUUGCCAUGGAAGAUGCAGCUCUUGACCAAGCCGAGCCCUCCGCCUUCGCCAACACCAUGUUCAGCAGCAACAGUCCCACAACCACCACACCGCGCCCAUAUUCUAGCAACCUCUUUUCUCUACCAUAUACUAGCAACUCAGCCGUACCCACAACCGCUGACCCCUUCGCAGGACCUAGUCCAGAUGACGUCGUCAUCGCAGCACAGUCGAAAGCGAAAGGAGGCAGCAAAGGGCCACCGAAAACGAGUAACGAGAAGAAGGCGGAUCAGAUUGCGAAUGGUGUGGAGGCUGUCAAGUUGGAUGAUACCCCGAGGGCGAGAAGUAAGAAUCUAGAUGUGUUGAGUGAGUUUGAGAAGGCAGAGAAGAAGAAUGCGGCGAAUUUUGUGGUUAUUGGUCAUGUCGAUGCAGGAAAGAGUACUUUAAUGGGACGGUUAUUGUAUGAUCUCAAGGUCGUCGAUCAGAGAACGAUGGAUCGUUACAAAAAAGAGGCGGAGAAGAUGGGAAAGUCUUCGUUUGCUCUUGCUUGGGUACUUGAUCAAGGCACGGAGGAACGAAGUCGAGGUGUCACAAUUGACAUCGCAACCAACAAGUUCGAAACCGACAAAACAUCAUUUACAAUACUAGAUGCGCCAGGUCAUCGCGAUUUCAUCCCCAACAUGAUCGCCGGAGCAGCACAAGCUGAUUUCGCUGUCCUCGUCGUUGACGCCAGCACUGGCUCCUUCGAAUCAGGGCUCAAAGGCCAAACGAAAGAACACGCCCUCCUAGUCAGAAGUAUGGGCGUUCAACGCAUAAUAAUCGCUAUUAACAAGCUUGACACCGUCUCUUGGUCUCAAGAUCGCUUUCUGGAAAUCCAAAACCAAGUCUCCGCCUUCCUAACAGCCGCUGGCUUUCAACCGAAAAACGUAUCCUUCAUCCCGUGUUCCGGUCUUCUCGGCGACAACAUCGCCAAAAAGUCUACAGAGAAGGACCUUCUGUCAUGGUACGACGGACCUACUCUCGUCGAAGAGCUCGAAAAUUCGGAACCUAUCACCAGAGCACUCACUAAGCCUCUACGCUUGACAAUUGGCGAUAUCUUCCGCGGCGGCGUACAGAACCCCCUUUCAAUAAGCGGCCGCAUCGAAGCCGGCAGCUUACAAACAGGCGACGCACUUCUAGCUCAACCAUCCUCCCAAAAAUGUUUCAUCAAAGCCCUCGAGCUCGACAACGAGACCGUAGACUGGGCUGUCGCAGGCCAGAACGUUACGGUCCACCUCUCAGGUAUCGAAGAGCAGUAUCUCAAAGUAGGGGAUGUGCUGUGUUCGCCGAGCUCGCCUAUCCAGAAUAUCAAGGAGUUUACGGCGAAGGUUCUGGCGUUUGAGUUUCUGACCCCCGGCAGUGUGGAUGUGCAUCGUGGGAGGAUGCAUGCUCCUGGACGAGUGGACAAGAUUCUCGGGGUGUUGGAUAAGGUUGGAGGGACGGCUGGUGGUGGUGGUGGUGGUGAGGGCGGAAAGGGAGAUGGAGGAGGGAAGAAGAAGAAGGUUAGAAUUGUGAAGCCGGGACAGGUUGCGAGGGUGAGGGUUAUCUUUGAGGGUGGUGUUCAAGUACCGCUUGAGGCGGGGGCGAGAGUUGUGUUGAGGAGUGGGGGAGAGACUGUUGCUGCGGGGUUGUUGGAGUGA